AACCUUGUCACAUAUGACGGCUAUGUGCGCAAGAAUUACAACAUUUUUAUUUAUUUUUAUUUUUUUAAAACAUUUGAACUUGAUUUCGACAGAUCACUUCAAAAAAUGAUUUUUCAAUAAAAUGCCCCUAUACCGAGUUUAUAUUUUUUUAUGGUAACUAGGUCUCAUAAACGGACGAACUACGUUUGUUUUAUAUUUUUGCGAUUUUUUCUAAUUUAGUUAUGGCCAUUUGAAAUAUGGUCAAACCCUAAUAACCCCGUUGACUCGCUCAUAACCCCGCAGAAAUGCUCCAAACCCUAGCGUCGAACGUCCGCCGUCGGAUCCUACCAAGCGCCAAACACCACCCGUCAGAUGUGGGGCAGGCAUGCGCGAUCCGCGUUAUGCAUCCUGAUUGGCUACUGCACUGUCCUUCUCGGGUUUUUACCAUCUGCCCCACUUUACAUAUGAAAUUGUAUUUUUCGCACAUGAGCACCACAUGUCAGUGUUAAGAAUUGGUUCAAAUAUUCAAACUGCAAAAUACAAUGUGGCAAAUCGUCAAUAUAGCUUCCCCUUCUCCUCUUCUCCAUCUGACAGACAAAGGCAUCGAGCAGAUCGAGCAGUUCCUCUGUUUCUUUCCCCAUCAUCUCGUUCUUCUUCCUCUCGAGCAAUUCCUCUGUUUCUUCCUCUCCGGCGAUAUGUCGACCUCCUCGUCAGCCCCCAUUCCACGUGGCUGGUGUAUGGUCCAGUGCCAAUGACUCGAUGCACUGACUGCCCACGGACUACGCCACUGAAACGGUUGACUUCGAAGGAGGAGAAGAAUGGGAACUUUGGGCGCGAGUUCGUCAAAUGCGAGAGCAAGCCGGAGGGGCAGAUCGUGAAGAAAUGCCACCAUUUCGAGUGGAUGGAUGAUUACAUCCAGAGGCUUCAAGGGUUGGGCUUGCUGGAUUCGAGGGGGAAUGCAAUCCGCGAGUUCAAUCUGCCCCAUGACAGUGCCGUUCCGGCAGCAGCAGCGCGUCCGGAAUACCCGACGGUGGUAGAUGUCGAACUGAAGACGGAACUGAAGAAGAUGAACAAGAACUUCAAGCAGUUGAUUGAGUUGAAGAAGCAAUCCUAUCUGAUAGCUUUAGGAAUACUUGCUCUAGGAAUUUUUUACUUGAUGGCCAUCUCUCGUUAGAGAUGUUUGUCUACUGUUGUUGCCACUGUUUAGCAAUCCAAGUCUGUUUAUCUCAAAUGCAACUCUGUUUAGUGCAA